AUGGACAGGCCGCCCGCCCCGCCGCCGCCCCCCAGUGACCCCCGCGAUGCCCGCCCCCCCCGGCGGCACGACUCGGAAGCGGAGCCCACGACCGAGCCCGACGGCAGCCGGGGGGGCAUGGAGGCGCCGCCGGAGCCCCAGCUGCUGCUCAACGGGGCGGCCAAGGAGGCGGGCCGGCCCUCCCCCGGGCCCCCCGCCGCCGCCGCCGUGCCCGUCAUCGAGCUGGUGCGCCGGGGGGGCUCCCUGGACAUAAAAAGCCGGGAGGCGGCGGGGGAGGCGAUGCAGAGAGCGCCGGGCUCCGAGCCGUGCCGAGCCGCCGAAGCCGCCUGCGAAGCCCGCAUGGUGCAGCUGAGCCCCCCCGCGCUCCCGCUGCAGCCCCCCGGCAGGGCCAUGCUCUACAACCUGGGGCAGCCGCUGGGAGCCAUCGGCAGCGGGUUUUUCGGCGAGCCGGACUCCUUCUCCAUGUACGGCAGCAACCGGGUGAAGAGGAGGCCCUCGCCCUACGAGAUGGAGAUCACCGACGGUCCUCACACGAAAGUGGUUCGCCGCAUCUUUACCAACAGCCGGGAGAGGUGGAGACAGCAGAACGUGAACGGAGCCUUCGCCGAGCUUCGCAAGCUCAUCCCCACUCACCCGCCCGACAAAAAACUGAGCAAGAACGAGAUUCUGCGCCUGGCCAUGAAAUACAUCAACUUCCUGGCCAAGCUGCUCAACGACCAGGAGGAAGAAGGAAACCAAAGGGGCAAAGGGAACAAAGACUCGGGGAUAGUCCAGGAAGACCUCCUGCAGGAUAUGUUGUCUCCUAACUCCAGCUGCGGAAGUUCUUUAGAUGGCGCGGCGAGCCCGGACAGCUUCACGGAAGAGCACGAGGCGCUGGACUCGAAGCACGCGCGGGGCCUGCACCACGCCAUCCUCCCCGUAGAAGGCAACGCGCAGCGGUGA